AUGCUGCCCCUUGCGGCCGCCGCUUACUCCGACAACCCUCAGCUUUGCCUGUCCAACCUUGGGAAGAGUCUGCAGCUGAAACGCCUCACUUCGGUCAUCUGUGAUAUCACAAUCAUUGAUAAAUGCACAGCAUUCAGCGCUGUGAACAACGAUGACAAAGCGAUCAUUUUGUCGUUCAGGGGCACAGACAGGAACACUCAGCUUAUUGUGGAAAGCGAUGAAACAAUGCAGAAAAACCAUACACCGUGGGUUGCUGGAGGCGUGGUAUCGAAAUACUUCAACGAUGGAUUCAUGAGAAUCUGGAAGUACGGCCUGAAAGACGAUCUGGCCACCCUGCAGAGUCAGCAUAGUGGAUACGAGCUUUGGGUAGCGAGCACUACUAAGGGGACCUUACUAGAAAAUGAACGCAAAUCAUGUCUUUGUCAGAUCACCGGUCAUUCUCUUGGAGGAGCUAUGGCUUCGCUGGCAGCCUCCUACAUUGCCCACAACAAGCUCUUCCCUGCAAACAAGAUCAAGUUGGUGACAUUCGGGCAGCCUCGCACUGGAGAUAAGGAUUACGCUGCAGCGGUCGAAAAAGAGGUUCCCUACGCGUUCCGCAUUACACAUGCUCACGACGAAGUACCGCAUCUGCCACUGGAGAAUUUGGAAGGGUACUACCAUCACAAAACCGAGGCUUUCUACAACAAAGGUAUGGGAACCGGUGCUCACUACUAUGUCUGCUACGACAUGGGAGAAAGCACAUUCUGUUCGGAUGGCAAUCUCCUGGACACCUCUACAAAGGACCACCUUCACUACUUCGAGAAAGAUGUUUCUGAAUACGGAAUCAAGGGCUGCAAGUAA